AUGACCACUCUCAAGAGAAUUGAGCAAAACGGCCCGCAUUUGUUGAACCGUUCUCUCCAAUCGAUGUCUGUAGAAUGCCUGAUUUAUUCGAGGGAAUACGUACCACCUAGGGGGCAGGCUCAGCAAACACCUGAGAUACAUGAUAACGGAUCCUUACAUCUCCCGCAACGAACCGCUAAGAGAACGAAUCAGUUGUCAAAUGACGACUUUGAAGACCCCGUUGAAGGCUUAGAGAUGUCAGACAAUCUGGGUGGUUCCAAGCGGUCAAGGCUCUGGCCAUUGAUGACUCAAGUGAGUGAAGAAACUCACAUGAAGCUGGAGAUCACGCGCCUUCAGCCCGAGGUCGGACGAAUGAGAGACCACCGAAGAAGUCAGAGCGGAUCUGGCAAACUACCUUCGUUUAAAGUGAAGGACGCCUGCGAUAGUAAAGAUCCUUAG